AUGCAUCAAACAGGAGCAUGGAGUUUAAGAAAGAGUGUAAGCACUCCGAUAGGGACAAAAUCUAUGAAAUCACAAUCUGUAGUUCGUGUCGAACCUCAAACAUCCGACAUGGAAAACGAGGUUCAAGGAAAUUCGAAUUUAAACCACAGUACCAAAUUUCAGCAGUCGGAAAAGACCCCUCAAAAGACUCCCAAUUUUAAAAGGGUGUCCUUCAGUUUAAAGAAAAAUAAUUCGCCCAGCCAAACAUCCACAGACAACCUUUCGGAAGGAACAGAUCCACAACUCUCAUCCAACAUCUCAACAGAAAAUAACAAGUUCUCCUUCACCGUCUAUUGCACGUCUACACAAAAGAAUUACAAAAUUCUCAUCAAACACAAAGAUGUCAGCAAGUUGAAAGUUUCGAAAAUUAAAUCGAAUUUAUUCCGAGUGGUAAACAUUCCCGUGGAAGAGCAGGCGCUCUAUGCAUCGCGUGAUGUACUGCCCGUAAAGCCUCUUGAUGACACUAUGACAGGACGAAUGUUGGACCUUAACGAAAACACUGUUCUUUUUCUUGUACACGUAUCCCAAAUGGAGUUUUUCGAGAAGCAGGUUACAGCAAAGAUUGAAGCACAAAUGGAAAAACCAAUGUCACAGAGAGAAUCCUCACGGGCCACUUCUCCAACAUCAAUCGAGAAUGAGGCAUUACUUCAACGCUCGCCACAGAUGCAAUUUGAUGUACAACCACCACAAGAACUAGAGGUUCAUCAGAACGAGUUAAUUAAGGAGUCACCUACAGUUAGUACGUCAUCCAACUUGCCACCAAAUAAUAAUUUAUCCAAUGCUUCUGAGAAAUUGCCCAUAGACACUUCGAAUAUAUCCUCAACUAACGUGAUACAAGACUCAGCAUUCGAAAAUGCUGUUAAACACUUAAAAAAUCAAUUUUUGGAAGAAAAGAUGCAGCUGGCCAGAAAGUUUGCAAUAGAAAAGAAAGAAAUUCUUCAGAAAGCAAACGAAGACAGACAAGAGUUAAUGACGGAAAACACUAGGCUUCGAAAAGAGUUACUCCAAGUGGCAAAUGUGUCAACGACUAAUCCUUCGAGCAGAAAUUUGGUAACAUCUAUUCAACAAGAAGAAAUUUUGAGAUUACAAACCACACUGUCAGAGAAUCAACAAAUCUUAAUUGAAAAAGACAAAAUUAUCUCAAAAUUAGAAACAGAGAUUUCCACCCUUAAAAAAACAGCGGAGACAGAAUCUCAAUUUUGGAAGAACAGGCUGGAGCUAGAAAAACAAGUGAGUUGGAAUCGUGAAAAAGAAAUGAUUUUGAAAAAUUGGGCUGAAGAGAUUGAAAUUCUAAAGCUUUCUCAACAGCAAGAGAGAAUUGAAGCUCAAAAUGUUAUUGAUCAAGUAGAGACUGAACUCCAAGUUGCCAAUAACAAAAUUGAGUGUGACAGAAAGUUUGUUGAGUCUGCAGAUUUGGCUUUAGAAACAUUGAAAAAUCAAAUUGCCAAACUCACUCGGGGCGACUACGAUACAGCUACAUUAAUGAUGGAGGCUGCCAAAGAAAAAGCUCUAAUUGAGAAAAAGUUCAACGACUUGCUGAUUAGUUAUACUUCUCUCAGAGAUUUAAUGGAUGAAGAAGUUAAAAAACGAAAACAAUUACACAACCUUGUGGAAGACAUGAAGGGAAAUAUUCGAGUAAUUGUACGCCUUAGACCAUUACUUGAAGAUGAACAACCUACCGACCUAAUGCAAGGGCGUUUAGAAAUUAAGGAUGACAACACAAUUACAGUUGCCACUCAAAAUUUUGGAUCGAAAAAUCAUGAGUUUUACAAAGUAUUAGAUGAAAAUGCCAAUCAAGAAGAUGUGUUUGAACACGUUAAGCCCUUAAUUCAAAGUGCUCUUGAUGGAUAUAAUUUGUGUAUUUUUGCAUAUGGCCAAACAGGGUCAGGAAAGACGUUUACAAUUCAUGGAGACAAGACACAACAUGGAUUGAUACAACGCGCUGCAGAGUUCUUGUACAACACUCUGGAAAAGCAAACAGGGGCAAGAAGAGAAACAUUCUCAAUUUCUUGUAGCAUGGUGGAAUUGUACUUGGAUAACUUGUACGAUCUGUUUGAUGAAUCUAUUUCUGGAAUUGAGCCUCAACAUCGCUUUACUCAUGUGAUCUCAACUCAAAAGAAGAAACCUCAAUUACGACAAUCAAAGAACGGGAAAAUGUCUGUGACAAACUGCACAGAAAUAAUAGCCCAUACACCUAAAGAUUUGCUUGAUCUCAUCGACGCAGGAAAUGAGGCAAAACAGGUAUAUAAAACAGAAAUGAAUGACCACUCCUCACGUUCACACACAAUAUUUACCAUAAAGCUCAUUAUUGAAGGAAGCACUCAGCCAAAUUCAUUGAAUCCAAAUGGAAAGCAUUACCGAAAAGAAAGUAAGAUUGCAUUUGUAGAUUUGGCUGGCUCAGAAAGAGUUUCAAAAUCCAACUCUACAGGAGAACGUUUUAAGGAAGCUCAACAUAUUAACAAGAGUCUUUCAUCACUGGGAGAUGUCAUUGCAGCACUUUCGGUUCAUCAAAAACAUGUGCCGUACAGAAAUUCAAAAUUGACUCUCAUGCUGCAGGAAAUGAUUGGAGGAAAUUCCAAGACACUCAUGUUUGCAAACAUUUCACCUGAUCGAAAGAGCAUUUCUGAAACCAUUUCAACCUUGUCAUUUGCCUCUCGAGUGAAGUGUGUUCAGAAUCAUCCUAUUCUUUCAAGACAAGUUGUGACUGCAAUAAGUAAUAACGAAGAGACUUCUUCCACAACGACAGAAUUGUAG